AUGAUAAGUGGGCUUUGCAAGGAGGGGAAGAUGGAGAAAUCUAAUGAGUUUUUGGAAUGGAUGAUUCAAAGAGGCUGUAAAGUUUUGGUUGAAAUUGGCAUGUUUGGUGUGGAAGAAGCAUCUGAGCAGUUAAGAGUUCCUAAACCUUAUGGAUUUGCUUUUAAGCUUUACAUGAACAUCCUUCGCUCAAAACUCAGUUGCUGGGGUAUGGAGGCUAAUGAGUUGUUCGAAUUGAUGAGUCAGAGAGGUUUGCAGCCUAAUUUGAAUGUGGUGACUUUUAAUACAAUGAUAAUAGGGCUUUGCAAGGUGGUGGUGACAUUUACUACAUUGAUAAAUGGGCUUUGCAAGGAAGGGAAGACGGAGGAAGCUAAUUGGUUGUUUGAAUUGAUGAAUCAAAGAGGUUUGCAGCUUGAUGUGGUGGCGUUUUCUACAAUGAUAAGUGGGCUUUGCGAGGUGGGGAAGAUGGAGGAAGCUAACGAGUUGUUGGAAUUGAUGAGUCAAAGAGGUUUAUCAAGAAUAUCCAUCAAUCAAACGAAAAAUGCAACACUAGAACUAAUUACUGUUCCAAGAGUUGAUUUCUAAGGAUUUGAUCUCAAUUUCACUGAAGCUUUGUUUAUACGAUUUCCGGUGUGAAGCAUCUAAGCAGGGUGUUUUAGUUGAUGAAAUGGUGGUCGUCAUGAAGAGACUAGGAGAUAUAUCUUGAGGAGAAGAAUUGUUUUACGCUGAAGUGAGUAUAAUUUAGAAACAAAUUAUAGGAAGAGUGUAAUGUUUAUGCAGGGUUUAGAAAAAUGAUUUUGUGUUUUCUAUUGGUUUGUGAGAGG